AUGAACAUAACUGAACCAAUAUUCGGUUCCAUGAAUUAUAGCGAAUAUAUUCCUGGUCACUUACCUUUAAUUAUUUCAAUUCCACAUGGUGGUCAAUUAUUUCCUCCUGAAAUACCCGAUAGAAAAAAAAGUCAUCCAAGUGUUGUAAAAUCUAAUGAUCUUAAUACUCAAGAUAUUGGUAGAGAGCUUGCUGAUAAAAUUAUGGUACAUUUUAAAGGAAAGAGACCUUAUUUAGUCAUUAAUAACCUUGGGAGAAGUAAAAUUGAUGUCAACAGAUCGAUAAAAGAAGGUGUCGAAGGAAAAGAUUCUAUAACUUUGGUUGCUUGGAAUGAUUAUCAUAAUUUUAUUAAGACCGCUAUUAAAGAUGUUGAAACAAGUUUUGGCCAUGGACUUUUAAUCGACAUUCAUGAACAUUUUAUUGAGAUAGGUUAUACCCUUUCGGCUGAAACACUCUCAUAUUCAACCUCACAAAUCAAUGAGAAUCCUGAGAUUUAUUCUGGAUCAAGUAUUCAAGCUCUAUAUAAUAGAAAAUCGAAUAGUAUCCAAUUUGCUGAUUUAAUUUAUGGCAAAACUACUUCACUUGGUGGUCGUUUACAAUCAUAUGGUUAUGAUACUAUUCCAUCACAUAUUCAUAAACACCCACUUAAAGAUGAAAAAUAUUUUCGUGGUGGUUAUUGUGUACAAAUAUAUGGUUCACGAUACGCUGAACAUGUUAUCGAUGCUAUACAAAUUGAGUAUGUUCUUACAUUAAUACAUAGUGUUUAUACUAUCAACAAUGCUGCUUUAUGUUCCGCAAAAGAUCCGGGUCCGCGAAGUAUUUAG